AUGAACAAGUUUUUUGAAUUGAUUGAAAAUGUUGAUUUAUUUGGAGUCUAAAUAUCACUCCUUACAAAUAAUAAAGGAACAAAUUUCUAGAGUAGAAUAGGAGGAUUAAUAUCAGUUAUUUUAGGUAGUGUAAGUCUUGCAUAUUCUUUAUAUAUAUUAGUUUUGUGGACUGAAAAUAAUAUACCACCUAAUAUUAACACAAAACAAUAAACAAAGGGAUAUGCUGAAUUUAAAUGGUCUGAACCCUUAAUUUUUUUAUCUUUAUAGGACUUUACUUCAUCUGUUGAUCCUUUUCGAAAUUAAAACAAUAUAAUAACUCCAUUAUUAUUUACUCUAAGAAAUGGUGUGAUUAAAGAUAAACCUAUUGCUCUAUUUAGUGACUCAUUACUACCUUAUUCAAUAAUUUUGAAUAACGGUACUUUGAUCUUAAAUAAUGGAGGCUAAAAUGAACAAACAGAAGAAAUGUAAGAAUAUUUAUUGGUAUUGGCUUCUUGUUAAAAUGAUUAUUUAUAAGAUGAUGGUUAUUGUGCUGAUGAUAAUACAAUUUAAGAAUAUAUAUCUAUUUAUCAUGGAUUCUUAGAUAUAACAAUUAGAUUAAAUCAAUUAAAUUAUCAAAAUAAUAAAUUAGAAACAUUUUAAAAAACAUAUUAUCAAGCAUUUGAUCCUAAAAGACCCAUUUAUACACAAGUGAUGUUAAAAUAACAAGAAACUAUAAUUGAUGAUGGUAUUUUAUUUAGGAAUGAAAAAAGUUAAUAGUUUUUAAAUAAUUAUGAAAUUAUUAAUUAAGAAGUUGAUAAUAGAUUUAUACCUCAUGCAAUAUAAUCAAUGUCUGAAAAUACUUUAGCUUUGAAUAUUUCAAGUACAUUUCUUUUUAGAAUUGAUAAUAUAUCUAUUGUUGAAGAAGUGAGUAUGCCUAAAUUAGGUUCUGUUCUUGCUUAAAUUGGUUCAAUAGUAGAUAUCAUAUUUCUAUUGUAGUAUGUUGCAUUUUAUUACAAUAAUAAAUUACUUGAAAAUGGUUUGCUUCAUGAUAUAGUUACUAUGUAUUAUCCAGAAUUUAAGAUUUUAAAGCCUAAUCUAAUUAAUAAAUUUAUGAUUAAUGAAGAAAUCAACUAAUUUUAAAUAUCUAAUCAAAAUAUAUAAUUAAAAUACUUAACUUUAUUAAAAGGAGCAAAAGAAAAAUGCAGAUUAAAUAAUAUACUUUAUGAAAUUUCUAGAAUAUAAUUUAUUCUUGAAUAAUAAUUUGGAAAUUCAAUUUUAUAAUUAAGUCAUUAAUAAGGAAGAAAAAUAACAAAAGAUUAAUUAGAAUAAGUUUGUGAUAGUUUAUAAGAAUCUAAUUAUUUAGUUGUUAAACCAAUUGAUUUGUCUAAUUAAGAGAUCAAGUAUCCUUACGAUGAGCCUUUAACAAUAUUAAUUAAACCAUAAUGA